ACCUGUUUGGCAGGAUUUGAGAUUUUUUUUUUUGUCGUCGUUCCAGACCAUACUCCAUACCAGUUGGUGGCGGUAAUGCACCUUUCAAUUGUUUGCCAACCGCCAAUAUAACUGUAAGAAAGAAGAAGAAGAAGAAGAAGAAGAAGAGGAAAUACGGGUAGGCAGUAGUGGAAGGAGAUUCUGCGAGGGCUCUAUAUUAUUUGUGUACUGUGCACAUAUAUUUUGCUAUGGAUUCACAGCCCCCGACACGGCCAUGGGAAAGGCGGAUUCCUGGCUCAGUUGGUGCACCUUUAAAUUACAGAUCUACAGAUUUGGGACUAGCUAGAGGCUCCUCCACCUCUGCUGGCCCUUCUGUCCUGCCCAGGAUGGCGCCCCCGGUGCCCCCUCGUCAGGUCCAGCAGUCCUACCGUCCAUCCUACAGCUCCUUCUCCCAAUCUUACAGCCCCUAUGGGAGCUCCAUCUAUGGUGGCUACAGUCCUUACAGCUACGGCUAUGGUGGAGGCUAUGGUAGCGGCUAUGGUGGCGGCUACAGCCUGGGAGGAUACAGACACACACCUCACCUUGAAGACGUCCCCCCCAGCAGGUUUGUGCAGCAGGCAGAAGAAAGUAGCCGCGGUGCCUUUGAGUCCAUCGAGAGCAUCGUCCAUGCGUUUGCUUCAAUAAGCAUGAUGAUGGACGCCACCUUUUCUGCGCUACAUAACGGUUUCCGUGCCGUACUGGAAGUAGUCAACCACGUCACACGACUGCGCGUGCACCUCACCCGGGUUUUGUCAAAGUUUGCUCUGGUGCGCACAUUGCACUACUUGUACCGCUUGGUGCAGAAGCUGCUUGGGCGGAGGCUAGACCCUGAGGUCGAAGCCCUGUGGCCCAACCCCAGUGAGGCCACUGGUAUGAGAUCAUCCAGAGAGAUGGAGGACCAGGCAGUUAAAUCCUGGCCCAUCUUAAUGUUUUUUGCUCUAGUCUUGGGUGUACCCUACCUUAUCUGGAAGCUGAGCUCCACUGCUGACUCUGAAAUCAAAGACACUAACUGGGCAAGUGGGGAGGACGACCACGUGGUGGCCAGAGCAGAAUAUGAUUUUACAGCUGCUUCUCAGGAGGAGCUUUCUAUGCAAGCUGGAGAGAUGCUCAACCUCGCUCCUAAAGAGCUACAGCCCCGUGUGCGUGGCUGGCUCCUGGCCAGUGUGGACGGUGAGACCACAGGGCUCAUCCCAGCCAACUACGUUAAGAUCCUCGGCAAGAGGAGAGGCCGCCGGGCCGCAGAUAUGGAGAGGCUUGCUCAGGCCCAGCGGGCGAACACACAGGAACCCCAAACAAGCUUGGCUGCACAAAUGCAGACAACUGGAGCCCAAGGCUUUACCCCAGACCCCGCCUCUGCCUCUGCCUCAGCCUCUUCUUCUGCCUCGGCUUCCUCAGAGGACCUUCUGGAGUCAGCGUACAGGGAAACACCUGCUUCAUUCAAUCAGGGAUCAUCCACCUCCACCAUGCCCUCCAACACACCACUUAACAUCCCUGAAAAGACUGAUCCAUGAUCUUUGUGUCCAUAAAUGUUCAUUCAUAACAGCGGUUUGCUCAGUGUGUAACUCUGGAGCUUAACUAAUAAUCUGCUGUUAGUUCAUAUUUUGGGGUGGUGGACAAUCCACAGACCUCAUCAGGAACUGUUAAAGUAAUUUUCGAUUCAAUUUUUUUUAACGCAGUAUGGACCUUCUUAUUACUUGCCAAGAAUUGUUUCCAUGCACAAGGCUCACUGCGUCUGAAAAUCUGAGCUGAAUUUUUAUUUUUAAACUCAAAGCUUUUACAAAAAUAAACAAAUGAGUAUUCUAAAAUGUGUUUUUAGGCGCACUGGCACAUUAUGUGUACAAGGACAGUGUAAGAACACAGUUAAGGUGUUUUGUUUGAUCAUGUGAUCACAUUUUGUUUUGACCCUCACAUGUUUGGGUUUCUGUAUAGUUUUCUGUGACGUUAAUUUGAUCUAUUCAGAAUAAGAAAGGGGUGAAUUUUGCACAUUUUCAACAGUUACCAUUCAGAAAUUUUUGGAAUAUUUAAUAUGAUUAUUAUGAAAAUAAAUAAUUUAAAAAUC